CGGGAGUUGGUGGUGGACAGAAUGCAAGCGGACACGGCACCAGUAGUAAACCAGGGACCGACGCAGCGCGUGAAGCGCCAAAAGUCCAAGCGAUUGUCACGGCCCAAGUCGACCUCGCCUAUGCCGACGGACGGUGACAGCGGCAUUCGGGCAGCCGAAGGCACUGUCGAUAGCGACGACGAGUUUCAAGAGUUCUUUGACGCAGACCACGUUAAAGACAUGGAGCGCCACUUGGGCAGCGACGACGGGUCAUAUUUCGACGCGAUACACGCAGACGUGGCGGCGGAAAGCAGCGACGACGACGACGACGACAGCGACCUCCUCCUGGUGCAUGACAUAUCGUUGGAAUCCCAUACUGCGAUCGCAUCAGCCGUUGUCGGACAUGCAGGCUCGACGAAUGAUGACGUUGUUGAGGCUGUCGUGUCGUCUUUGAAUGACGUUAUCGAACCAUCGUGGGACGAACCGGACGAAAAAGAGAUGGCGAGGAAGGUGGACGGCGGCAUUUACGAAGAGCUGCAGCUUGACGAGGACGAGCUCAUGGCGGCGAUGGCCGAGCAGGACCUGACUGAAGAACCCACCCAGGACAACGAAGAAGAAGACAACGAGAGCUUGGUGGAUUCCGAUAACGAUCAGGUCUUUGCAGAGCGCGAAGAAGUGACGGAUGCCGACGGACCCAGGGGGGUCCAGGAUGGCUCCGCUGCCUCGGGGGGGAAUGAAGACGAGUCCAGCGGUGCCGAGUUGGUUCAAGUUGUGGACGCCGACGAUGCGUUUGAGCGUGUCGAGAGCCUGGGAGAGAAAGCCAGUGUGUUGGCAUUGCAAACCCACGUCGUGGACGAUGGAGCUGGGGACGCACCACCACUCAUGGACAACGAGGGGCAACCAGAGACAGUCGCUUCUUCUUCAAAUGUCCAGCCCUCCUUAUCCUUCGCAGUGGACAAAGAGCAACGUGAUGAGGAGACUACUCUGCAACGAGAUCACGUAGAAAAGCACGACGAUUCAGAGCUGGUGGUGGACGUUGUUGUUGACGUCAUGCAAGUUGCUGCACAAGUCGCGAUUGUCGACGAUCAUGGGCAAGAUCGUGACCAGACGACCCACGAACGAACGACUGCCGCCCAAAACAUGGAGACAUACGAAAUGAGUGAUGAUGACGUUAACAUCCCAUGCGACACUGUGCCGCCGCCAUCCCAACGCGAUACCAUCAUUCCAACCUUGGACCAAGUCCCAAACUCCACCCUGGACGAUCACGUCAUCGACGACAGACCCAUCACGUUGUCCGUGGAUGACGUGGACAAGGACGACGACAAGGUUGAUGACGUGAUCAUGAAGACUCCGUCGGAUGACGUAUCACCUGAUGCGAUUGACGACACUGUGUUGCCCACGACGACAAUUCAGCAGUUCGUCCCACCAACAGGAGCUGUCGGCCGGGAUGAUGACGUCAUCACGCUGCCCCCUGCCCCCCCCGUGUCCGUCUCUAUCAACCGGGCGGACUCUGCGGGUUCCGACGGUCGAUGUACCCUCUUGGAGCCAUCGACGGAUGAGGAGGACGCGUCCGGAUUGGCAACUCCGUUCGAACCAUCGGCGUCCCCCACCACGGCGGCAAGGAGGCUGUCCACAAAUCCAUUCGACGACCACCCGCCGGGUACGCUGGCGGACGAGUCGGAGGCAGGUGCUGCUGCCGUCAUCACCCUUCCUCCUUCUUUCAGUACCCCCCUCCAAGACAGCAACGGGGACGAAGCAGCUUCGACUUUGUGCGUAACUAGUCCAGUGGACACGCCCCCUCCAGUCGUAUUCAAUCCGUCCGACUGGCACGACGACGACGACGACAGCGACUCGGAUGAGGAAGUGGCAGUUCCACCUCCAUUAGGUCUGCAGACAAAAGGAAGACGACGUGGAGAUGAAGCCGACUGGAGUGAUGACGACGAGCUCGAAGUGGACUCGGCGUUGGCCCUAACGAUCAGCGCGCCGGACGUCGUCGCUUAUGCUGCAGUUGCCCCCUCCUCGAACCCGUUGGCGGACGCACUGAGUGCCGCGAUGGCCGAGUCUGUGACAUCGUCCUCCGUCCUCCCCGUGCCCCGCCAUGAUUCCCUGCAGCUCGACCAAAUGUCGUUUGGCAUUUCGUACCAGAAAACCAAGACCAAACCACCACAGAUCAUGUCGACAGUGAACAGUGUCGCAGAUGACGACAUGCUGCUGUCCAUACAUUCGGCAAGAGACUCGAGAGAUGACGACGACGAGUUUGGGGACGUGAUGCGGACGGAUGACGUCGAGUUGGACAAGCUGACCAACGCCCGACUGGCGAAAGAAGCCGCAAAUGAAACGGCGAUGCUAGCGCAAGUCCAACUAGCCACACGAUUAGAACGGCUGGCGCUGGAACAAGCAGCAACUUCGUCACGAACGACCGAGGAUAUGGUGGGGAUAGACCACCUCACGACAGACAAGACCGUGUUGGCAGAGCUGCACGACAUGUACAAGCGUGGGUUGGGCGAUCAAGAAGUGGUGGCGUUGGCCAGCAACGAAUCAGCCACAACCACCACGUUACCAGUCAACGUCCACAUCACCCAAGCCAUCGCCGAAGAGGACGAAGCCGACGAAAACACCAAGUCCAUUUAUCCGGAUCAACCAACACCCCCAUUACCGUCAGAGGACGAAGCCGCGGCGGCAUGGAAGUCGGUCGAGGCAUUCCAGCAUGAGAAGGCGGCCGCGAGGAAACCCCAUGAGCCAUUCAGAUGGAUCCACUUCAAGGAAGCGCAUGUCCAUUUCCGAGAUGCCGACUACGUCCGGCGGCAUGAAGAUGCGAUCGUCGUGGAGGACGCCGACGCGGCGGCUCCGUCCGGGUGCCUCUCGUGCUUUCGGCCGCCCACGCUGAGCUUUCCGUCGGCGUUGGAGCAGCGCGACCUUGUACGUGUUGCAAUAUAUGGCGAAAAUAUAUAUUUAUAUGAAAAUAUAUAUAUGAAAAACUGACGAACGAUAUAUAUAUAUAUAUAUAUAUAUAUAUACAUGUAGGUGUUUUGCAUCGCGAUGUGCACGUUUGACCCGGCCGUGUCGGUACACUACCGCACGUUGCAAACCAUCUACCAAAAGAUGACGAGCACACGUGGCGAAUGUCCAUUAAGCGGAGGACAUUGGGAAGAGAUUGGCUUUCAAGGGAACGAUCCGUCCACGGACCUCCGCGGUGGCGGCAUGCUGAGUCUGCUGCAGAUGCUCUACCUCCUAGACACUUACGCCGAACUCGCGGGCCAGCUGUUUGCCCUGUCUCGGCACCACGAGUUCCACUUUCCCCUUUGCUGUGUACUCAUAAACUUGAGUGUGCAAACGCUGGGAUCGCUGCGCCAAGGCCGCCUUACGACGCUUUGCAACAAGGAAAAAGACGUGCUCGCGGCUAUGAACAAGUUGUAUGCAGUCAUGGCGGUGCGGUUGGUCGCGGAAUGGAAGGCCAAGCGGGGCGUGGUGGCGUUCCCCAUCGUGCUCAAGCAAGUGGUGGAUGAAGCGAUGGGCAUGCCGCUGCGAGCGGUGGCCGAGUCGGAGGCGGCGCUGGCGCUCAGUCGGGGCUGUGACACGGGGGAGAUGGGAGACCAAGACUUUACUGACCUUAGCGACAAGUAGAACGAUGUGGCAACAAACAUCCCACAGAUUGAGUAACUAAUACUAGUUAGUCCAAGAUACGAUUAACGUACUGGUAGACUCAUAUCUUCGUGAAUGUAUUAAUACUAU